AUGGAACCGCAUGCAGCCGCGUACAAUCCAUCGUUGGAUGCUGUCAGCGAUGGUGCUGUGCAGGCGCGCGCGUGGAAGGAGUACAAGGAGAACGGGACGGCGGGCGGACAGAAGGAGAAAGAAACGCUCGACGAGGAAGACGUGGUGGAGGAAAAGAAGAAGGAUUACGGCAAGCAUUAUCCCUGCGUUUGGACGAAGGAUCCGCACGGAGGGGGGUAUAGAAUUGAUAAAGGCCCGGGGGCGCGCUCGGGAUACGACGCUCUGGAACAGAAGAGUGAUGGGACGAUGAUAGCGCGCGCGCCUGGAUAUGAAAAGCCGCAGACUGGUCCAACGACAAACUUCGUAGGCAACCACAUGACGCAAGGGGCCAUCGAUUUGGUGCAAUACGAGCUUACGAAGCUCGAUCCUGGUCGCGAGAUCCAACGGACGCGUUUGGAUCGAGCCAGGGGCAUCGUCCGCAAACUACCUGAACUAACGGCAGUGUCACGAGAAGAUCCAUCGCCGUGUGAUGUGCGUGCCAGUAUCGAAAAGUUCAGCUGGUGGGACACGGGAGAACGGAUUCAGCUCAGAAUACGACAUUGUGAUUUACAGAGCGCGAUUCUGGACGAAAUCUCGGUAGAGUACGCCGAUCGUCGGGUAUCGAUCGAAAUCCAGAAGGUCACAUCGAAUGUGUUGUCGAAGCACGCUUACAUCUUAGUGCUCGAACACCUCUUCAGGGCCAUCAUCCCUGAGCUAUGCACGCGCCUUGUCGAUGACGAGGGUUUGUUGAUAAACCUGACCAAAGCGGACCACUCAAUUCGAUGGUUGAACCUACGUGCGCCGCCAGUCAUGUCGCUUCCACCAAAGGUGAGCUCAGGACUCGUGCUGCAGCAACAGACGUUGGACAUGCGAGCUCUUCGAGCGAAACUGAUCGGAGACAGAGAAGGAAAGCUAGCCCCUAAACUGGAAUGGCUCACAACGAAUGUAGCUGAGAUGUACGAUGUCCCCUUCGAUCAGUUUGAGUCUAUCUCUACUGCAGACACGAUUGAAUGCGUUCGAACGCAAAUCGACUGCGGUGAUUACGUUGAAGCGCUGUCUUUCAUCACACGUGGUCUGCGCGACUCGACCAUUUCAGCGUCAGAAAAAGUCGUUUUGUUGGAAUUUCGUGCACAGGCGAACGUUCAGCUCGGUUCUCUCAAGGAUGCAGUGUCUGAUUACUCAGAAAUUCUUGAAGUCCAGCCUUCUGCAGUGAUGUUUUUCAAAAAGGCGUCAGUUCGAGAGCAGCUUGAAGACUAUCAUGGAGCUUUGAUUGAUUACGAAAACGCGCAAGCUUUGAACGGGAAGGACGUCAAAGUUCUUGAGGCGAUUCGUAGAGUCCGUGAAUGUUCGACGGCGAAGACGCGCAUGGAAGAGGAAGAGCAAAGGUACAGCAGCGUCGGCGAUGGAUUUCAAAGUGUUCCCAGACCGUGCUUACCGCAGUUUGAGAAUCGUGGUAAAGCGGGCGCGUGCUUCUAG